AUGCACCAGCCUGGAGUGUUGCAUCAGGUGAUGUCGUGUCGCGAGUAUGACGAUGAAGACCUCGAUCUCUUUUUCCGAUCAUUCGCCACACGGCUGCGGAAGGUUCAUAACGGAGACCUGGAAUUGUUCGAUGAAGGUGAAGCCGAUCUUAAAAUCCUCAACAACUGGGUGGAGGAGACGCGAUACAGGGCAAGUGCAACCCCACUA